UCGAGGCUGGCCGUGCACACAGCGGACACAGAGCAGAGAGCCGCGCCGCGUCGUGCAGACACACACACGCAACCCUCCCGCCGCAGCCCGGACACGCACACUUUAAUUUUCUUUCCGACUUCAGCUACAGUGUUAGCUAAGUUUGGAGAGGAGGAUCCCGCAGCCCGCGUCCUGUCCUCGGCUUGUUGUGGUGGUUUCGCUCCGGUGCUCGACUCGAAGCAGCAGCAGCGGCAGCGGCAGCUUGUGCAACGCGGAGCGGGUUGUGUCUGUCACCUGGACGCGCUCACCAUGGAGAACCCCGGAGCCAGGACGACAUGUUGCGGAUCUAUGCGAGAUUUCUUCACUUCCGCCAAAUUCCUUAUUUACAUGGGCCACGCGCUGUCAACAUGGGGGGACCGAAUGUGGAACUUUGCCGUGGCCGUGUUCCUGGUCGAACUCUAUGGGAACAGCCUGCUGCUCACGGCCGUGUACGGGCUGGUGGUGGCGGGCUCCGUGUUGCUGCUGGGAGCCAUCAUUGGAGACUGGGUCGACAGAAACCCCAGACUCAAAGUGGCCCAGACCUCGCUGCUUGUCCAGAACAGUUGCGUCAUCUUGUGUGGGAUCCUCCUGAUGGUUGUUUUCCAGUUCAAAGAACAGCUCGUGGAUCUCUACAGCGGAUGGAUUCUGACGAUUUGCUACAUUCUGGUCAUCACCAUUGCCAACAUCGCCAACCUGGCCAGCACAGCGACCUCCAUCACCAUCCAGAGGGACUGGGUUGUGGUGGUGGCAGGUCCGGACAGCAGCAAUUUGGCAGACAUGAAUGCCACAGUGCGGAUUAUUGACCAGUUGACCAACAUCCUGGCUCCCAUGUUGGUGGGCCAGAUCAUGUCCUUUGGCUCCCAUUUCAUUGGCUGUGGCUUCAUCUCCGGCUGGAACCUGUGCUCCAUGUGUUUGGAGUAUGCUCUGCUGUGGAAGGUCUACCAGAAGACACCGGCGCUGGCCGUGAAAGCUGGACAGAAAGAGCAGCAGCAGGAGCUUAAACAGCUCAGUCCCCAGAAAGAAUUAGAGAACGGCCAGAGUCCAGAGGAAUCUUUUCAGCCGCUGAUGAAUGAAGCCUCAGUGGUGACCAAGCCUGACUCUCCCAAGGAGCGCGGCUGCUGCUACCAAGUGUCCGAGCCCCUGCGCACCUUGAAGUUCGGCUGGGUGGCCUACUACAACCAGGACAUCUUUUUCGCCGGCAUGUCCCUGUCUUUCCUUUACAUGACGGUGCUGGGGUUCGACUGCAUCACCACGGGCUACGCCUAUAUGCAGGGCCUCAACGGCUCGGUGCUCAGCCUGCUGAUGGGGGCUUCGGCUGUGUUCGGUAUCUGCGGCACUGUCGCCUUCACUUGGGUUCGCAAAAAAUGUGGCUUGAUCCGCACGGGCUUCAUCUCGGGCAUGGCCCAGCUGUUCUGCCUCAUGAUGUGCGUCGCCUCCGUGUUCACUCCGGGGAGCCCCUUCGACCUCAGCGUCUCACCCUUCGAGGACAUUUACACCCACUUGGUUGGAGAGAAGACCCUGCCCAAUAGUGACCUCAGCAGCGUCCACAUGGUCGUGAAUACCACUACUGCUGCACCGACUGAAGAGUUACCACCUCUGCAGUCCUACAUAUCUGUCAGUCUGCUGUUUGCUGGCGUCAUUGCUGCUAGAAUUGGCCUGUGGUCGUUUGACCUGACAGUGACUCAGCUCAUCCAGGAGAAUGUAAUCGAGUCGGAGCGAGGUGUGAUCAACGGCGUCCAAAACUCCAUGAAUUACCUCUUAGACCUGCUGCACUUCAUCAUGGUGAUUCUGGCUCCGAACCAAGAGGCCUUCGGGCUGCUGGUCCUCAUCUCAGUCUCUUUUGUGGCCAUGGGUCACGCUAUGUACUUUAGGUUUGCCUUCAAGAGCCUGGGUACCCGCCUCUUCUUCUGCUUCUCGCCGGAGCAGAAAGUGGAGACCGUGGACAGCCCCUCACUUCCUACCACCGUCUAACCCCAUUAAAGAGACUCUGUCCUCGGGACAUAGUUCUCAAGCCUUUUCCCAGCCCUGCAUCUUAUUUAUCGAACUAACAGCGUAGCUUGUAGCUGGCGGAAUGCUAAUGCUAACAUAAACCAGAACACAUGCAAUAAACCUUCCCUUGUUAUGCAUAGCCAUUAAUAAAGCAUUAAUCAUUAGCUGGAGGACGUGAGUAGAGCUUACAGUCGUAGAAAAGUAAUCCAUAGUAAGAAUCUUACGUAAGGCAGGGUUUCUCUAACUCCUUCAGUCUGAGAAUCAGAGGAGAGCCUCUCCUCCAUCCGUCCAUGCUCACACGAGGAUCCAUCACGUCAAGGCUCGUGACCCCAUUUUUUUGGUCUUUUAAAGAAACCAGAAGAAACAUUCUCCUCCUAACUGCCUGGAUCGAGGAUCACUGUUUCCGGUUGUAAAUGGUGCUUCAGCUAACAAAAGGGCAAAACCAGGGAGAGACGCUGCAGGGAGGCAGGCACUGAGGCUUGAAUGAAGGUGACGGCGGGGGUGUAGGUCUGAGGUCCUACACCGGGCGCAUCCUUUAUUUUAAACACUUGCCUUCCAGUGACGUCAUUGGUGCUGUAGCUACAUCUGCUAGCUGUUCUCUGGUCGCCUUCUCGUGUCAGCUUACAUAUACAUAUGUAUGAAGAGCGGGUCAUGGGCGUCUUUUUAUUUGACCAAACGCAAAACUGGGCUCCAGUCUCUUUAAUGCAUGGUUAUAAGGGUUAUGCAACGAACUGUAUUUAUUCAGGAAAGGCAGACGGUGGUUUUUUUUAUAUAGGAAUUGUAUCAUCAGUAUUGUGCCAUAAGAGACAAAUGAUAAAUCCUAUGCACCCUUGUCAAUAGUCAUCUCACUUACCAAAGUCAAGUCCACGCGUGGCAUAAAAGGAAGUGAGGGAAACCAGUUAUCUGUCUGAAGCAUUCCAAAUAUAUCAGGUGACAGUAGUGUAGCUUCACUAAUGCUUCCAAUAACCCAAGAACAUCUGAAUAUUUUUAACCCACUCUUAAGAUUGUACUUAACAUGUUUGUUUUUUUCCUCUACUUUACAUGAAUAGAUUCAUGUUGUCACCUUUUGAUUUUUGUGUUUUAUGAAUUCUCUGUGGUGAUUUUCUUUUUUUUAAUCAUGAUUGUUGUUACACAGGCACUUUACGUGAUUGACAUCUGUCAUUACACCCAAUGCGUGAUCAGGUAUUUGAUCAAUGUUUUUGCACAAGGCUGAGAACCUGACGAACCCCCCGCACAUAUAUCAUAUUUCAAUCGCUUAUAGCCGCCCCCUCUCAGUUUGUUCAGGUGCUGGUGGUUCUAAAAUAUUAAACUCAGCACCACAAAGUUCAUGAGGAAAAGCUGGACCAGCUCCUGUGGAAAAGUCUGAAUACACUUCCUCUAAAAGUCAGAGCACAGCCAGGGUUUUCACUCUCAUUGCUCCGAGCUUCAGCAGCGAAGGAGACGUUCUGACCAAAGUCAAAGUUCUGUCUUCCGUGGACUUCUUUGGCUUUGCAGCACCAGUGUAGAACAUUUACUCAGUAGAACCUCAAGAAAUUGCUUGUUUGCAUGCUACUUCUCCUGUGAAGUGAUUUAACUAAACAAACGUUGUCUUGUCUCCAAAGCAGUUUCAAAUCACAGACACUGGGAAAAGUAGCUUCUCUUUAAUCUAUGUAUGUAUCACUUCCUCUCCGCCUUCAGUAAUUUCUGACGCCUUACGAUAAGAUAGCAUUGACCGCUGUUAAAACGCACACAUGUGAUACAUCAAGGAUUAGCAGCCGCACCACACCCAGGUAAAAACGAGUAGCCAAUUUCUGGGAAAUGGCGGGGGUUAAAUAUUUGGGUUGGACACGGAGGUUGUGGCAACAGGUGUCGGAAAACAGAAGGUUUCUUUCUAGCUGCUUAUUCUCAUGAAACCUGGUCAAAGAAAGUGGUGCUGAGUCAGGUGAGCCGCGAGCCGAGGACCCACCAGCAACACAGCUUCAUUUCCAUGUCCCACCCAGGUUUAGUGUAACCUCAAACUCAGGCUGGGCAUCAGAGCGACGGCAGAACGGUCAGUCUACUGAUUCAGGAAUAUAACACAUGGCCAUACAUUUUAUUGUAAAUAAAUGUCAGUAAGUUUAAACUUGCAUAAGUAUACAAUUGUAAAAUGUAAAAAAAAAAAACAACUUUGUGUAUACUGUGUUGUGCUGUUUGUCUGAAAACUUGUUUUUUUUACAUGUUUUAUAUACCUAGUGUUAACAUUGUAUGUUAAAUUGAGGUUUCUUAAAAUUUUUUGAAAUUUAUGUACAAAGCAACUACUGCAUAUCAUCUGUCACACACACACACACCCACAUACACACGUACACACACACACACACACACACCAGUGUUAUCGUUCAAUAGGCAGAAACAUUCAAUCAUAAAUGGAAUCAAAUUGAUUUGUACAUAAUAGUUGCACUCCACUCGAUAUGAGGGCGUUGGCACUGUUUGUAUUGCAUGAAGUCUUUUGAAUAAAGAAAGUCUUUACAAUCA